CUGGCUCCUGGUCAGGUUUAAGGUGCUGGUUUUGACCUUUAAAGCCUUAUGUGGCUUAGGACCCUCGUACCUGCGGGACCGCCUCUCCCGGUAUGCCCCGUAGAGGACAUUAAGGUCCACAAAUAAUAACAUACUGGAGAUCCGGAGUCACAAGGUGGUUAGACUGGCCUCGACCAGGACCAGGGCCUUCUCAGUACUAGCCCCGACCUGGUGGUCGCUCUCUCUCAGGAGACUAGAGCCCAGCGUGAGUUGUCAUCUUUUUGUAGGGCCUGCAAGACCGAGCUGUUCUGCUUGGCCUUUGGACUGACUCAGUGUUACCCUCCCCUAAGGUUUUAUCCAACAGAUAUUUAAAUGAGGUUCCACUUGUAGAUUCCCAUUUUAAAAUUGAAUUUUAACAUUGUAUUUAAUUUGUAUUUUAAUUGAAUUGUUUCUUUUAUGCUUGUUUUGAUAUUUUUGUUGUUAGCCGCCCUGAGCCCAGUCUUGACUGGGAAGGGUGGGGUAUUAUUAUUAUUAUUAUUAUUAUUAUUAUUAUUAUUAUUAUUAUUAGAUUUUCAGCAAUCCAUCAUUUGGCAUCAUAUUCAUGCCAGCAUACUGUGGUUUGUGCUUGCCCAUCAAAACCUAUCAAAGGCCGCCUCUUAGGAUUCAAGAAUCAUAUAAAUAAAUAGAAAUUCCAAGUUAUAAACCACAACAGUUAAAAAUCGGUGCUUUAUUCAGGGCGUGACAUUAUCAUGACGAGUGAUGGUAAAUAUUAAGCCUGACUUCUCCAUAUAGCUUUUCAAAAUGUUAACACUACAAAAACAAAAUUCCAAAGGUUAUGUGUUAAAUCUAUGCCUCUCAUACCUCUAUCUCCUAGGCUGACAGAAACAAAUUGAAUUUAAGGAGCUAAAGGCCAACGCGAAACUCGGUCCUCGGUAAUGAAAAUGCCGUUUCAAGCUUCCAGAUGACUACAAUGAAGCUUAAUUGAAGAAUAAUUGCUUUACAGGAGUUCAACUUUAGGCACUGCACCAUCUUAAUGGUUUUUUUGGGGGGGGGUGUUAGUGUCUUUACAGCAACAUCGCAAGAACAGGUAUAAUAAUCUCCAGUGCACAGAUCUCCAACUAAAUGUGACAUUUAGUUAUACAAACAACAGAACCUUAAAGCAAAGUCCAAGGUAACUUUAAGCAAAUAAGGUUUACCUGGGCUGUUGCUGUCACAUGGCAACUGUGAGUUGUGCUCUGAGCUUGGAAACAAAAAAAAUACUACUGUAUAUGCUCUAUUCGAAAUGUUUAAUUAAUGUGCUUCCCCCCCAUAAGUCCCAGUGUAAGAGCUCAUAAAGCUGCCAUCAGGAUCUCCCGAAUGUUGUUCUGUCUCCUUAAUCAGUUCAUUUGCCCACCCCACCCCACCCCCGCUAACUUGAGCUCUCAAGGUAUGCCUCAGAGAUUAUCGUUUUUCUGCAUAUUUCAGCAUGGUGGGCACUAUUGUCUUCAUUUGUUCAAACUGAAGUCCAGACCCAAUUCUGACACACAAUCUUGCAUACCUCCCAAGUAUGAUCUGUAGAUUCUGGCUGCCAGACUUUUCCUUGAUCCUCCAAAUAUUCCAAUAUGUUGGGUUGGCAUUUGUGCCUUUAAUAAGCAGGGGAAAGCAAUCUCCGUUCCAUGUUUAAAAUGUAUGCAGCCCCUGUCCCUAUCUUGCUGUUCACCAAGGGCACUCUUUCUUCAUGCCUGGCGUGGAAACACAUGACAAUCUCCUCCUGCAAUUUGUAGGUCCUGUUUCUUUUUCUUUUGUGUUCCUCCCCGCUGCUCUAGCCAUUUGGUCUCUUAUAAAUAAUUUGUGGGAACUCAGCCAGGUUAAAGAUUGAGGGCUCACUGCUUUCUUCCUUGUGUGUCUUAUUGAGGUGGCAGGGCGUGCUUGAAAUUCUAAAAGCAAACAGAAAGGGGACAAAUUGUAUAUGAAUUAGUAGGGAGAGCAGGAGAGAGGGGAAAUGGUAAGACAUUACACUAUACACAUCUGAUCAGCAGCGUUGUAAAUUUCAGUACUGGGUUUGCUUAAACUCAUUCAGCCUAUCGCCAAAACCUCACCAAUUGUCAAAGACAGUAACUGUUCUUCUUGACUGCUUCUAAUCAUGCACUUUAUCCAUGCAUGAUCUACUUAAAACACUAGUUCUUUUCUAGGUCAGGCUCUAUUCAACUUUUUUUUAACUAAAUGCAAAUAUGGCACACAUUUUACCUCUGAAAUGUGUAUUUUCUUCAGUAUUCUCCUUUAACAUAAUCUAGAUUCAAGGAGGUGUGGUAGUGAAGGCUGACCUCUCUGUGUGGACUAGGGGUGAGUGAAUUUGUCAAUUUUGGCUUUUCUUAGUUUCUCAUUUUCCCACACUGGAGUUCAGUUCUCUACAUUUUCACAUCUGAAGAAGUGUGCAUGCACACGAAAGCUCAUACCAAUGACAAACUUAGUUGGUCUCUAAGGUGCUACUAGAAGGAAUUUUUUAUUUUCACAUCAGUUUGUGGUAUAUAUUUUUAGAGACCUUGUGAAAAUUCAUGAGAGUUUUAGUGUGACUUUCUUCUACUGUACACAUUUCUGCUUAAUAUGCGCAUCUUUGCAAAGCAGCUUCCUCAAAUGGAAUGCACUGUUGUGUGCUGUUUUAAUAUCUGCAUUUUUGCACACAUUACUUGGCCAGAGAACUGCAUUGCAAAAUUAAGAAAAGUGCAAAUAUUCUUUUGGAAUAUUAUGUAGAUUUGGAAUAUUAUGUAGAAUGCAAACUGAAUCCAGUUUCUCCUUAUCCCUAGUGUAGACAGAGGGCAGGAGGAGCUGUAGCCAAAUCUGAAAAGACUGUGGAUAUAGGAAAACUCUGUUUAGAAUUUUCCCUCAUUUUCUUUCUCUGGUUAUGUAAACCAAAUUAAAACCUUGGCAAUACCCCCUCUGAGAGGCAUUUUCAUGUGAUCAAAGUGUUGCAAAAUUCAUGUGAAUUUUCCAUUUGUUACACAAAACUUUCAAUCACCACAUCUCAUUUGUUAGAUGGGGGAACUUUCUGAUGAAUAGGUUUAUGACUGUUACACAUGAUAUGCUGCUCUCUGGACUAUGAGGGAGUGGCUGCCAUUCAGACAGAGCUGGAAAGAGGUGGGAACAAGAAAGAAGCGCAUUCUUUGACAUACAUCAAACUUGAUCAUUGCAUUCCAAUGAAGAGUCAGUGUGGUGUAGUGGUUAGAGUGUUGGACUAGGACCUGGGAGAGGGGGGUUUAGAUCCCAAUUCAGUUAUGAAGCUUGCUGGGUGACCUUGGGCCAGUCUAACCUACCUCACUGGGUUGUUGUAGGAUAAAACAGGACGUAGGAGAACCAUGUAGACCACCUUGAUCUCCCUGGUAUACAAAUGCAGUAAAUUAAAAAUAUAUUUAUUUGGAGCAAAUUCCAUUGAUUUUACUAGAACUAACUUCUGAACAGUAGCACACAGCCUGUUUAUUUCAGGAGCACUCUUGUGACAACCAAUCUAGUGUGCAAAUUAAUAAAUUCAUCAUUUCAAUUUUAUUCCAUACUGAAGUAGAAAACAAUAUUUUGAUGGGCAGGCUUUGGAUUUAAGACCACAAGCUUAUGGGCCUUAUGCGUUGCCCCUAACAUUUGUACGGUGCCUAUCAAUUUUAGGUGCUCUAAUAAUAACGAAUGCUAAAUUGACAUGAGAAAGCAUUUCAAGCAUUGUCUGAAACGAGAGUGAUAUUUUUAGUUGGCAGCUUAGUUUCUGCCAUCUGGCUUUCUUUUUCCAGCUCUGUGGUGUGUGACUCUGUUCUGCUGCCUUCUUGUCUGAAAGAAAGAGAGAGAGAGAAACACAACAGUCAAUGUGAUGGUGACUCCCUGAUGAACACAGUAGCAUACAGCUAGAAACAAGGGGAGCUGUCCUGGAGAAAGGCAGAGUGUCCUGAAACUUCAGUUCUUGUUGAAUACCCUGUUGUUCCAACCAUCCAUGUAGACCAGUGGAGGGCAGUGCAGAGUAGAAUCUUACAGCAAAAUGAAGAUAGGUGAAAAAAAUUAGGUCUGUUCAUUUCAGUGGGUCUAUUCUGUCUAAAACUUAGUUGAAUACUACCCUGUGUGCCUCACUGCAUUAUCUUUGUAAUCCAUACAUUGCACCCAUGUACUUAGGCCAGUUAUAUAGUGUAUACCAGAUAAACAGCACCAUAUUGUCAGAUAAUGCACCUGAUGAAGCAGAUUGCGGUCAGUGGGAGCUUAGGCAAUAAUAAUACAUUUGUUCGCUCUUUAAUGUGCCGCAAGAUUCUUCACUAAUAAACCCUGGGGUGGAAGGAAUGAGGAUAGUGGUUUGUUGGGUGCAGUAAGUUUAUGGCCCAGUUGAGAAUUAUAACAUCUCCUGCCUCAUGCGGUUAACCAUUAUGCUUGCUCUCUUGCAGGUUUUGUUUCUGCUCAGGACAAGUGUUACAUGGGAUCUCAACAUUGCUUCUGUGUGCUAGCUUUUCUACAGGCAGACUAUAAUGCAGUGGAUCUUUGGACUGCUUCUCAGGCAAAAUAUGCCCCCCAAAGCAGUUUCCAAAUUAUUUGUUAACACAUGCACUAUACAAUAUAAUAUUGAAGCUAUUUUAUACACCCAUUUCUUUCACUGCACUAUUAAAAGACAGUGUGCGUCAUACAAUAAUAAUGAUCAGCAUAAUUAUAAUAUUUCAGAGCCAGACUACAAUACAUUCCUGCAGCUAAAGUCAUAAUUAGCCACUAAAGGCCAUGUUUUGUUUUGUUUUUAAUGUCUUUUUUCAAAGCAGAAAGGGGCAGGAAUCUAAUCUGAUAUCUUGCUUACAGACACAUCACAGCAGAUACACCGGCAGGCGCAGAGCCCCCUUCCUCUCCAUCACAGCACUGAUUUGGCUGGGGUGGUUGUCUGGUUGCAAGGGGGCGGGGCGUAUCUCGGAGGCCCAGACCUGGCACCUAGGGCAAUUCAGCACCUGCAAUACAUGCACCCUCCACAACUGCUGAUCCAUUUGUAUGGAUGUGUGUAUUGCAGGAGGCUACUUCAAAUUCCUGGGAAGCAGACAAUAUAAGAGAAAUUCCUUUGUGCAUAAAUGAAGGUGCAACAAAAGUAGAAUUCAGAAGAUUAAGUUAUCUUGUAUCUCACCAUUGUUCUGAAGCUCAGGUUGGAGGGAGACAGGGAAUUGAGCAGUGAAUUUGCCUGAUAUAACAAAUUAUCAGGUGAUGGCAGUUCCCAGUGUUAAGCACCAUUUAUGUUACUAUACGCAAAAGUUUAUAUCAAAAUCUGCUUGGGGCUGGUGGAUGGGGUGCAUAAGGCUGCAGAUGGAGGGUGGAGUUGGUGGAAAUCCUCUCCCCCACCCCACACCAAAUGAGCAACACAAUCCAGGCCAUUGACUACAGGAGGAAACAAGGACAUUCAUUCCUACAAUUCCUUUCAUUCAACAAUUCCUUUCAUUCAUUUUACUAAUGUGAAAAGGAUGGACAUUAGAAACAUGUAUGAUGUAUAAGUGAUUAGCUAAUUGCAUGCAAACCGAAAUAGGGAAAUAGGCUGUGGCAAGCCUGUAAGCUUUCACUUCCUGGAGGGAAAAGUCCCCAAAACUCACGUACCUCAGAAUGAUCUGUUCAGUGUCUCUCAAGCAGCGAUCAGAAUGGGCAACUGGAUAGAAAAUGAGGGACUUUCCAUAUUUGUCAUUAUUGUGUGGCUAGCUAUAAACAUCUUCCUCUUCUGCUGGUACUACUUCGUAUAUGACCUUGGAAGGGAAUACAUUUAUACAAGAGAACUUCUUGGGCCUUUCCUGGCCCUGGCUCGGGCACCUGCAGCAUGCCUGAAUUUCAACUGCAUGCUGAUUCUGCUCCCCGUCUGUCGAAAUCUGCUUUCCUUCCUCAGAGGCUCCAGUGCGUGCUGCUCAGUGCGUGUCAGAAGACAGUUGGACAGGAACCUGACAUUUCACAAGCUGGUGGCCUGGGCAAUUGCACUCCAUACCACAAUCCAUACAAUUGCACAUUUAUUUAAUGUUGAACGGUUGGUGGAUGCUCGCAAUGAAAAGCAAAGAACCCUUCAGACUGCGCUGUCUGAUUUGGGAGAUAACCCUGGAGAAUCUUACCUGAAUUUUGCACGAUAUAAAUUACCGAGCCCUUACGGUUGUCUCUAUGUAGCAUUCACAACCCUGGCCGGCCUCAGUGGAGUUAUCAUUACACUGUGUCUAAUAUUAAUUAUCACAUCAUCUACUAAAACCAUUCGAAGGUCAUACUUUGAAGUAUUUUGGUUCACCCAUCAUCUUUUCAUUUUCUUUUUUGCUGGUCUCAUCAUCCAUGGAGUUGGAAAAAUUGUACGUAAACAGACUCCCAAUAGUUUGAGUGUCCAUGAUCCAGAUACCUGUGCCAAGAAUUACACCCUCUGGGGGCAAAUACCUUCAUGUCCUAUACCACAGUUUUCUGGAAAUCCUCCUAUGACUUGGAAAUGGGUAAUAGGUCCCAUGAUUCUAUAUGUCUUUGAACGGUUGGUACGGUUUUGGCGAUCCCAACAAAAAGUUGUUAUCACAAAGGUUGUUACGCAUCCUUUCCAAACCUAUGAGCUCCAGAUGAAGAAGAAGGGCUUCAGGAUGGAAGUUGGGCAGUACAUUUUUGUCAAAUGUCCUGCAGUGUCCAUGCUGGAGUGGCACCCUUUCACACUGACUUCUGCCCCCGAAGAGGAUUACUUCAGCAUCCACAUACGUGUCGUUGGGGACUGGACAGAACGCUUGUUUCAAGUCUGUGGAUGUGACAAGCAAGAAUUCCAGGAUGCUUGGAAACUGCCCAAGAUAGCUGUCGAUGGCCCCUUUGGCACUGCUAGUGAAGAUGUAUUCAGUUAUGAAACCGUGGUGUUGGUUGGAGCUGGCAUUGGGGUCACCCCUUUUGCAUCAGUCCUCAAGUCUGUGUGGUACAAAUACUGCAAUGAUGCCUUAAACCUAAAGCUCAAAAAGAUUUAUUUUUACUGGCUCUGCAGGGACACUCACGCCUUUGAAUGGUUUGCUGACCUCUUGCAAUCAGUGGAGACUCAACUGCAGGAGAAGAAUAAUCCAGACUUUCUCAGCUACAACAUUUAUCUGACUGGUUGGGAUGAAUUUCAGGCUGCUCAUUUCAUGGUGCAUCAUGAUGAAGAGAAAGAUGUGAUCACAGGCUUGAAACAGAAAACCUUAUAUGGGAGACCAAAUUGGGAGAAUGAGUUCAAAACAAUUGCAAGUCAGCAUCCAAGUUCCAGGAUUGGUGUUUUUCUGUGUGGACCUGAAGCCUUGGCUGACACCUUAAAUAAGAUGUGUAUUAGCAAUUCAGAAGCUGAUCCACGAGGAAUACAUUUCAUAUUCAACAAAGAGAAUUUUUGAACACACUCAAAUGUUUGUUUGUUUCCAUCGAAAAGCUACAUCUUAUCCUUUGUGUUUGGGCACUAUGGAUCUUAAUUUUGCUACAUUGAGCUCUUGUCUCUCUGGAAUUUUUCCAAAAGUUCCACAUCUGCUUGCCUUGGCUUUUGCAUUCUGUAUAAUUUGGCAGAAACCAAAUAUUGCAUAUUAGACUGCCUUAGGUACUUUUCUGAAAGUAAGCUCCAGUUAACUUAAUGGGACUUUGUAAUAAGUAGGCAUUCAUAGGACUGCAUUGCAGGUUUUAUAUUUCUGUUCUUAUUUAUUUUACAUAAAUAAGAUUGGAUUGAAAAGAACUAGAACAUUUUAAGUAUUUGUCAUGGUUAUGUUUUAAACUUCAUAAAGGUGCUCCUCGGGUCCUAGUUUCCAGAGACAUUUCGCUUUUGUUUUUAUUAUUUAACCAUCACCCUUAAUCAUUAAAAUGGAGGCAUGGUGUGGUGUCUAGUGUCAAACAUAUUGCUCAACUGAGACAUUGCAUAUUUUUGAAAGUGGCAAGAGUUCCACUUGACUGAAGUUUAUUUUUGGCAAGCCACAUCAAUAAACAUUCCUGCAAUUU